AUGGCGCCAAAAUCCAACAAUGGCCCAAGUGCCACUGCCACCGAGACCAAUGAUAAUGAACAGCAGGAGACAUCUAAACCGGACGAGGAUAUCCCGGCUUGCCAGUUAUGUCGCAAGAAGAAGGCCAAGUGCAAUCGUGCUCAACCCUGCUCGCAAUGCAUACGUUUUAAUGUCUCUUGUGUUUACGACGAUCGGAACAUGAAGCCAGGUCUUCGUGCAGGCGCGGUUGACCAACUCUGUCGACGAACGCUGGAGAACAUGUUCCUCGGCCAAGAGAUGAUCUGGCAGCAGAUGUGGCAAACAUUUCCAGACCUAGAGAAGCGACGAGAAGAACUCAAAUCGGCUUUGCUCUCGGUUGGGUCUGAAAUAACUGACACAAAGCGGCCAGCUGAGGAAUCGGAUGUGCAUCCAGUCAAGCGACCACGCGUUGACCUUGUGGAUUCACCUUCUCUUCUUGUCAAUCCUAGUAGCGACUCAACCGGAAUUUUACCGGCCGCGAUCAUGAGCGAGCUGGUUGAUCUCUACUGUAUCAGUAUCCACCCCUGGAUCCCAAUCCUUCAUAUGGAAAAUUUCCGGCAGCGUAUGCAGCUGGCAGAGGAGCGUCCACGAAUCACAUGCGUUCUUCAUGCGAUAAUUGCUGUCUGUAUUCGUUUUUGCCGGAAUGAACUUCUACAGGAUGAGGAAACAAAAUCUAAAAUUGCAGAGAAAAGCCGACAGAAGGUGAUCCUUGAUAGUACAGAGACUUUUUCUGUGGACAAUCUACAGGCCUUGGUUAUCAUUGCAUUUGAAACUAUUGGCCGGGGUCGCGGCCCUUCCUCAUGGUCUAUCGUUGGUAGUAUGGUUGGCACGGUCGAGCAUCUACAACUAAACGUUGAGGAGGACGUGCUAUAUGGUGUAAAGAACCUCGGAGAAAGUUUCCGGAUGGAGUGGCCGGGAUUGCCGAUUUCGUGCAUGGAAAAGGGCUAA